CAAUCUAUUCCCAGCAUUUUCCGAGCCAUGGGAUAGCAAAACACAUUAAUUUUUCAUUAGAUUUCCUAACAGAAAAGAAACAGCAGCAAGAAAAUGAAACCUGAAUCUGUUCAGCAAUUUUUCAGAGUGAGUGGCAAACAGCAACAUUUUUUUCCUGCAUUUAUUCCAUCUCAUCAAAUAUAAUUUCUCACAACAGAACUGAGGGAACACAAAGAUGAGAGAGAGGGAAGUGGUCCUGAGCCCAAACCCAGCUGCCAGUUUGUUGGAUAAUUAAUCACCCUGCACUGAUUGUUACAGUGCAUUAUUAUCCUCAUCAAUGCAUUUUUCUCCUUUUCUGUGUCCUGUUUGCCUUGGAAGUUCUGUCAGUCCCACUCAAGGCAUUGCUGUCCCUCCCUAACCCAGGGUGUGGCUCUUCGCUCUUGGAGCUCCGUGUGUCUCUACAAGCAGCAGGUUUGUGCCAAGGGGAUGAUGUUAAAUAAGGAAAGGAGCAGCCUGUUGCUCAAUUAGCCACCCUGGCUAAUGAGGGCCUCACUGGGACUGCCAAUUCCCCAGCACAGCCCCUGGAUGCUCCUCGUGGGCAGCAGCUUCAUGAUGAUGAUGAUGAUGAUGGGUGAGGAUUUGGGGUGAGAAAAGCAAAACCAAAGGGAAAUUUUCUGUCUAGAGAGGGGGAAGAUGUUUUCCACCACCUUUUCAGGCAGAAACAGGAGGAUUUGGGGUGAUUUUAAGAUUGUGGUGGCUACAAGCAGGCUGAGGUGGGCAGGGGAAGGGAUUCCCUGCCAGGCUGUGCCCUGUCAGGAGCUGGCAGAUGGAUGUGCUCCUGCUCCAUGGACAAGGAGGGGACCAGUUCAAGAGCAUAAAUGAGCUCAGAGACACUUCACCUCCUGAUACAAUAAAGUCCAAAUCCCUCUGGAUCUGCUCCAAGCCCUUCCCUAAACCCUGGGCAGGUCCUGCAUGUGAGGUUCCCGAAAACCAGAGCCCAGCAUUACUGCUGGCUGCUCUCCCAUGGGAAGGAGCGCUGUUUCGGUGAUGCAGGAACUUCCUCCCUCUGCCUGACGCAUCCUGCUCGGCUCCUUGCGAAAGCAUUGCUCAACCCAGCGAGCCCAGCUGUGCUCUACAAGCUCCCGGCUCCUCGCAGGGCGUUUCCCAAUCCCUGUUUUCCCCUCGGUCUGGGAAGAAGCCCCUCCAUCCACAGCAUCCCGGUGGGAGCUCUCUUCCAGCUUGGGAAAGCAGCGUUUUGGGGAGGGCUGGCCAGGUUUUGGGUACCACAGGCUGCCACAGAGGUCUAGGGGCUUGGGAUCAUCAUGGUCCAGAGAAAAAUAAAUGUGCAGUUUUCUGGACAUCGUCCUUGGAGGAAACUGUUCUCCUGCAGAAAACUGCUCAUUCGUUUUUCUCUGGCUGGGAAUGACUGUUAUUCCCUCGGUGCAGUUUUUACUGUCAAAGGAGGAUUUUAAUCUCACGGUUUACACCUCAGGGACAAUUUGAGGGUAAGUGGAUCCUGCAGCCACGGUGCAUGGGGGAGGAUGUCAGUCUCAUGGGGCAAACCAGAGCGUGAUGCUCCCUGACAGGCAGCCAUAAAGCUUUGGGAAUGAUGUAACCAGUGAACUUUAUCAAUCCUAGAAUCACAGAACCAGAGAAUAACCCGAGCUGGAACGGAUUAUUGAAGUCCAGCUCUGGACACCGAAGUCCAGCCUUAGCUGAGCCACAAAAGCACAAAUGAAACACUGUGGGUUUAACAAAUGAUCAUUACAAAUCCCCACAUCACACACCCCUGAUGUAAACACUUCUAAAUCGCGGCGUUGUGCUGACUGGAGCAUUUCCUAAGGAGGACUAUCCCAAAGUUUACAAACAGGCUCGGCGGUGCCCGUAACCUGUCCCGCCCCUGGCCAAACACCUUCCCUAUCUGCUCCUCCCGCAGCAAUCCUGGGGAGGGCGGAGGAAAAGCCCCAACCUGCUCUUCAGGUGGCGCUGAUGGAGGAGUGCCCGGUGUCCCACACACGGCCGGGCUGCGUGCGGCUUUUAUGGGAGCGCUCCCCUCCGGGGCUGCGGCGCCGAGCGAAGGAAGGCGUGACUUGGCGGCAGCUACAGGUGCCUCUGUGUCCCUGCAGGUAGCUCUGGGGGAGCUGGAGCCGGCCCUGCCAGCGGUCACCGGUGCCAUCCAUCCCCCUGGUGCCACCCCGCCGGUGCCCGGGGCGCUCCGCGGCGCGGCGCGGCGAGGAUGGGCGAGGGGAGUUUCACCAAACUCCUCCAGAAAAGGUCGCUCCUCCGCUUCGUGCAGAAAUAUCAGCCCCUGGGAAGCGGCGAGCCGGAAGGGGAGCCCCACGAGGAGUGUGAGCUGAAGAUAAUCGAGCAGGAGAAGGAGGUGGCAGUCCUGCCCCCGAAGGACGCCUGUAAAUGCCACAAGGAGGAAUUGGCAAGAGCUUUAAAUGUUGAUUUACAGGCUGGACUCUCUGAGGUUUCCGUGCUCCAGCGCCGCUCCAAGCACGGCUGGAACGAAUUCCAGGUCGAGAGCACAGAGCCAGUAUGGAAGAAAUAUCUGGACCAGUUCAAAAACCCCCUCAUCCUCCUGCUGCUGGCCUCAGCUCUAGUGAGUGUCAUCACCAAGGAGUACGAGGAUGCUGCCAGCAUCACCAUGGCUGUGCUCAUCGUGGUCACCGUGGCCUUCAUCCAGGAAUAUCGCUCGGAAAAGUCUCUGGAAGAGCUGCACAAGCUGGUGCCCCCCGAGUGCAACUGCCUAAGGGAAGGAAAACUGCAGCACCUUCUAGCACGAGAGCUGGUGCCUGGAGAUAUCAUCUACCUGUCUGUGGGUGACAGGGUUCCUGCAGACCUCAGGCUCAUCGAGGUUACAGAUCUGCUGGUGGAUGAAUCCAGUUUUACUGGAGAGGCUGAGCCUUGCAACAAGACUGAUGGUGUCCUGCUGGAAGCUGGGGACAUCACCACGCUGAGCAAUGUGGUUUUCAUGGGGACCCUGGUGCGGUACGGGAAGGGAAAAGGUGUGGUUAUUGGCACGGGUGAAAAUUCCCAGUUUGGCGAGGUGUUCAAGAUGAUGCAGGCUGAGGAGACUCCCAAGACACCUCUGCAGAAGAGCAUGGACAGGCUGGGGAAGCAGCUGACCCUGUUCUCCUUUGGGAUAAUUGGUUUGAUCAUGCUCAUUGGCUGGCUGCAGGGGAAGCCUCUGCUCAGCAUGUUCACCAUUGGAGUCAGCCUGGCUGUGGCUGCCAUCCCUGAGGGCCUUCCCAUCGUGGUCACUGUCACCCUGGUGCUGGGAGUGCUGCGCAUGGCCAAGAAAAAGGUGAUUGUGAAGAAGCUGCCCAUAGUAGAAACCUUAGGUUGCUGCAAUGUCAUCUGCUCAGACAAGACAGGCACUCUGACUGCCAACGAGAUGACAGUGACACGGCUGGUGACCUCGGACGGCUGCCAGGCUGAGGUCAGUGGGGUGGGCUACAAUGGAGAAGGAAAUGUUUAUCUUCUGCCAUCCAAAGAGAUCCUGAAAGAGUUUUCCAACAUCUCCAUUGGGAAACUUGUGGAGGCUGGCUGUGUGGUCAAUAAUGCUGUCAUCAGGAAAAACAGUGUGAUAGGACAGCCCACAGAAGGAGCUCUCAUUGCCCUGGCAAUGAAGAUGGAAUUAGCUGACAUAAAGGACAUUUAUGUAAGAAAGAAGGAAAUUCCAUUCAGCUCCGAGCAGAAGUGGAUGGCUGUGAAAUGCACACUGAAAAAUCAGGAUCAGGAAGAUAUUUACUUUAUGAAAGGAGCAUUUGAAGAAGUUAUCCAGCACUGCACUCUGUACAACAGUGGUGGCAUCUCAUUGUCACUCACACCCCAGCAGAAAGCCCUGUACCAGCAGGAAGAGAAGAGGAUGGGCUCCUCAGGACUUCGAGUACUUGCUUUGGCUUCAGGUCCAGAACUUGGCAAACUAACAUUUCUAGGUCUGGUUGGAAUAAUUGAUCCCCCAAGGGCUGGAGUGAGAGAAGCAGUUCAAGUCCUGUUUGAGUCUGGUGUGUCAGUGAAGAUGGUCACUGGAGAUGCCCUGGAAACUGCUGUGGCUAUAGGACAGAAUAUUGGUCUCUGCAAUGGGAAGCUGAAAGCCAUGUCUGGGGAAGAGCUGGACCAACUGGCAGAGGCAGAGCUCUCCUCCACUGUCCAAAAUGUUUCCAUUUUCUUCAGAACAAGUCCAAAGCACAAACUAAAAAUAAUAAAGGCCUUGCAGAGGGCUGGAGCUGUGGUGUCGAUGACGGGGGACGGCGUCAACGACGCGGUGGCGCUGAAAUGCGCGGACAUCGGCAUCGCCAUGGGGCAGGCGGGCACGGACGUCAGCAAGGAGGCUGCCAACAUGAUCCUCGUGGAUGAUGACUUCUCAAAAGUCAUGAAUGCAAUAGAAGAGGGAAAGGGAAUAUUUUACAACAUAAAAAAUUUUGUCCGGUUCCAGUUGAGCACGAGUAUUUCAGCUUUGAGCCUAAUUACCCUGUCAACAGUGCUCAACCUACCAAAUCCACUCAAUGCUAUGCAGAUCUUAUGGAUCAACAUCAUCAUGGAUGGGCCACCUGCACAGAGCUUGGGGGUUGAACCUGUUGACAGGGACACCAUCAAGCAGCCCCCCCGGUGCAUCACAGACACCAUCCUCAGCAAAUCCCUGAUCCUGAAAAUCUUCAUGUCAGCAUUCAUCAUCAUCAGUGGAACCCUCUUUGUGUUCUGGAAGGAGAACCCAAAAGGGGGCAUAACUCCCCGAACCACAACCAUGACUUUUACCUGUUUUGUGUUUUUUGACCUCUUCAAUGCCCUGACAUGUCGCUCUCAGACAAAGUUGAUAUUUGAAAUCGGAUUUUUCCGAAACCGCAUGUUCUUGUAUUCUGUGCUUGGGUCGUUUUUGGGACAGCUGGCUGUUAUCUACAUCCCUCCACUACAAAAGGUCUUCCAGACAGAGAAUUUAGGAGUGUUAGACCUGCUGUUCCUCACCAGCCUGGCUUCCUCAGUGUUCGUGGUGUCCGAGCUCGUCAAGCUGUGUGAAAAGCGCUGCUGCCACCCAAAGCACACAAAGGGAUGUCACAACUGAGAGACUGCUCUACAACACACUGGGAACAGAGCUGUGAUGCUGGAUAACCCCAGUCCAUCCCUCCUGAAGGUCCUCAAGUGCAUCUGUACCAACAGUCCUUACACCAGAGACUCUCCUACCCACUCCCCCAGAGUGGCUCCUGGUUUAAAC